AUGACAAAAUACAAAUGGCUAUUAGGUUUAAUAGCCUUUAUAUCAUUGGCUACAAAUGGACUUGUAAGUAAUUUUUAAUUUAAUAGAUUAUAUUGCUUUUUAACCUACCAAUUAUCUACUCUUUAUAUUACUUUACCCAUUACCCUGCUCUUAACUUUACCUUUUAUUAUACCUUAAAAAUGUUAGCCAUAACGUGUACCCUACUACUUGCUUUAUCACUUACUUUACCCUUUAUUCUAUCCUUUACACUACCUUUUUCCUUACCUUUUACUAUACUUUUUGCCUUACUCUUUACCUUACCUGCCUCUUAUCUUACUUUUUACUCAACUUCUUGCUCUAGCCUUUACUCUAUUUUCUAUUUCUUACCUAGGCCCUUUGCUUUACUCUUUACUCUGCGCUAUUACUGUUUACUUUGCUCUUAUCCUUUCUGUUUUUCUUACUUCUUACUCUAACUAUUACCUUAUUCCUUAUCUUACCACUUUCUGUGUCCCUUACCCUACACCCUACCCUAUUCUUUACAUUAUUUUGUACUCUACUUCUUGUCCUACCUUUCUUCCUAACCUUUAUUGUACCCUUCGUUUAGACUUUACCCUUUCUAUAUAAUUUAUGUUUUAUCCUAAUUUAAAUUUUAAAAUACCUAUUUUCAGGCCCAAUACCAUCCCCUAAUCUCACGUCGUCAUGCCUCAUCCAACACUCUUGAUGAUGUCCCUCCACCCGGCAUGACUUCGCUAACCUUUGUCUUUGACCGCACUGGCUCCAUGAACGAUGAUCUGGUUCAAGUACGGCACGGUGCGAAAGGAAUCUUCGAAACGGUGAUGAAGCAACGAAAGAAGUUGAUCUACAACUAUGUCCUAGUACUCUUUCAUGACCCCGAAGUUGAUCCACCCUUUGUCAGUACCGAUCCUGAUAUAUUUCAACAGGAGCUGGCUUCAGUUACGGUACAAGGUGGUGGAGAUUGUCCCGAGAUGACAUUGUCUGGCAUCAAGAAGGCUUUGGAGGUAUCGUUACCUGGUUCUUAUAUCUACGUGUUCACUGAUGCGAGAGCCAAGGAUUACCAUCUAGAAGAGCGGGUACUGAAUUUGAUUCAGGAACGUCAGUCUUCUGUAGUCUUCGUGAUGACAGGUGACUGUGGCAAUCAAACCUCGCCCGGCUACAGAGUUUUCGAAAGAAUCGCUGCCGCCUCGUUUGGUCAAGUGUUUCAUCUGGAGAAGUCUCAUGUUAAUACUGUGCUAGAGUACGUACGACAAGCCGUCCAACAGAAGAAGAUCCAUUUACUGUACGAAGUUAGAGAGCAUGGUAAUGCUCAUAUUAGCCCAAUUGCUGUUGAUGAAGCCAUGAGUGAGUUGACGAUCUCAUUGUCAGGUCAACGGGAUGACAGUGACUUUUUGAAUAUCAGUCUGAUCGAUCCGGAUGGUGAAGCUGUGGAUCGGAGUCGGUAUGAACAUCAGGAAGGCACGAUUGAUUUGAAAAAUGUUAAGGUACUUAAUAUGUUUAACUGAAAAAAUAUAUUUUUUAAUUUUAGAUGUUUUAAGCCACUGUUUUUAUGCUGUAAAAGCAAAAUUUGUUGUAUUUUACAAAAACAACGAAAUGUCAAAAAAAAGUAUUGGAAAUUGUGACGAAAUGUCACAAAAUUUUUUUGACUUCAAAAUUGUUUUUAGAUGUUUUUAAGUGGUUUUUACCCUACUUUAACCCACCUUACCUUACCAAAAACUUUUUUUUCCUAAAUCUUACCUUAACUCAUCUUCAGCUGAUCCGAGUCUCCAAUCCAGAGCCAGGAAUGUGGCAAGUCCGAACAACGGCCAAAAGUAUGCACACAAUUCGAGUCUUUGGCCACAGUGGAAUCGACUUCAAAUUUGGCUUCUCAACUCGAGUAGUACCAUCAAUCGACCUGGCUCAUCCUCGUCCAAUCGCUAAUCAGUUGACCUACCUCAUGAUCAAUAUGACUGGCCUUGAACCUCCGGGUGUUUUAAUGCAAGUCUCACUUUUGGAUUAUCAUGGAAGGCUUUUGUACAAAAAUGAGACCAAACUUCACGAUGACAAUCCUUAUCUAUACUUUGUUGGACCUUUCAUGCCUCCGAAGGGAUUCUUCUUCAUCAGAAUUCAGGGUGAAGAUGCUUCGGUGAGUUUUAAGAUAAACAAGUAAAGUUACUGCAAUUUAAAAUACGCAGUAUAAUCAGAGUCAAUAGAAUUUUUUUUAUUCAGAAUCAACCACAAAAUCAUUUUUCAGAACUACGAAUUCAUCAGAAUCUCCCCCACCGCCAUCUCUACCGUCGACGCUACCGGGCCUCGCGCUUAUAUGGCCGAACGAACAACCGCCACAGCCUACCAACCAGUCAAUCUCAGCUGUUCCAUCGAAUCCGUAGCCCCAUACACAGUGUAUUGGAAGCACGGUAACAACCAAAUUGGCGGCCCAUUGUUCUACAAACACACUGAUACCUCAACAUGGACCAUCGACAUCGUAUCACCCCACAAUCGAGGCUACUACCUAUGUGAAGUUGUAUCGGCUAACGGCAAUUUUACUGCCAGAACUUAUUUGGACACGAAAGAACCUCCGCCACAUAUUAUUCAGCCCAGAAACGAGAGUGUUGUCGUUGGUCAACCCGCCUUUUUGCACUGUCAGACACAGAGUAUCGAGCAGGCAAAGAUAACAUGGCUCAGGAAGGGUCAUGUGGUCGGGAAUUCUGGAAAAGUUGUAAGUUGUUGUAGCUUUUUAGGUAACAACUUGAGGUUUUUGUUGUAGCUAGGAAUUGACAUUUUUGCCGUUUUAAGCUGAAAUUUCAACUUUUUUUGCAAUUCUUUACCUAGAUGUUGAGGCUUUUUGUGAUUUUAUAGGUAAGAACUGAGGUUUCUCGAGUUGUUUUUGGCUAGUUAUUGAGGGUUUUCCCUGUUUUUUAGCCAAAAAUUGAUGCUUUGGGCCUGAAUUUCAUUUUUUUUUCCUAAAAGAAGAAGUAAAUCUGGCUUGAACUUUAUAAGUUUCGAAAAACAAUUCAAAAUUCAUAAGUUUCAACGGAUGUUCGCGCCCAAAUUAUUUUAUUUUCUUCUUGGCCCGAGGAGAUUUUUGUCGAAUUUUCGACUUUUUUAGAGGAAAUUAACUUAUUUUCGUGGGGUUUUUGGGUUAUAUUAGGGUACAUUGUGAAAAAAUCUAUUUAUUUUAAUUUUUAAAAAAAUUUUUCUUGAUUUUCGUCCAAUUUUACCCGAAAGAACCAAUUCUGUUACCUAAAAUAUGAUUUUAAAAGCUUUAACAAUAAAAAACUAGGAAAUAAUUAUUUUUAAUGCCUAAAACUUAUUAAAUUUUAACAAAAGACGUUUUUCUUACCUAUUAUUUUAAGUUGGAUUUGAAAGUCCGUAUUUUACAAAAAAAUAUUUGUUACCUAAAAUUUUGAAAUUGUUCAAAACUGAUUUUUAUUAUCAAAAAUUAAUUGAAACGUGAUUCAAUAUAGUUUUUAUCAACUUUCUUCUAAAAUAAAUAAUUUUUUUCGUCAAUUUAUUGUCUAAAAUAUAGUUUUGAUUCGCGUUUAGAGGUUUAUUUGCUUUAUUUGCCCUUAUUUUGAUAGUAAAAAUUUUAAAUUUUAUAAGUUAUACAUUUUUAUAUUGUACAAAAUUUAAUUUAUUAUGUUUUUUUAGAGAAUCGAACGUAUUUUACAAUAGAUUUUGUCGAUUUUACUAGGAAAAACAUAGCGCGCGCAAAGGUUUUUGUCUCUUUUCUUUCCGAGCAAAAGGCCAGAAGAAUAAGGGGAGAGAGCGCAUGUGGUCUCGUGGUGUAGUGGUUAUCACGUCUGCUUUACACGCAGAAGGCCGCCGGUUCGAACCCGGCCGGGACCUACUAUCUCUUUUGGUUUUUUAACUUUGUUUUUGAUAUUGCGAUUAGUUUUUUUGAUUGUUAGGGGCACAUAACAAUAUAUAUUGACUUUUUGGUUGAUGUAAAAUACGAAUAGUAACUCAUUAGACCUUUAUAAAAAAAUAAUUGACAAUUUCCCUAAAUUUUUGUUCUUAAACCUACCUAAACUCACUUAUUUCAGUACCAAUCCCCGAAUGGAACACUCCGAAUCUUGGACACAUCUUACGCAGAUUCAGGACAAUACAUUUGUCGUGCUACAACGUCUGGUGGAACAGCAGAAGUUCGUAUUUUCCUUCAAGUCUUUGAGAAACCAUCGGUUACAGUAGACCCCAAAACCUUGUUUGUCGUACAGUAUCGCGAUAUCACAUUGAAAUGUACAGUACGUGGAAAUCCGUUACCGACUGCUGUGUGGUACUUCAAGGGAGUUAAGGUUGAGAACGAUGAGAAUCACUACGCAACUUAUAACAGUAAGUUUUUGGAGGUAUUGAGAUUUGAGGUAAGGUGUAGAUAAAGGGCCAUAUAUUAAUGAUAUGUUGAUGUUAUGGGGUGAUAUGAGUGUUAAUAUAUAGUUAAAAGACAGUGCUUUAAUUUAUGUCUAAUGAGGAGUUUAAAAAUGCGCAAAAACUUUGUUUACAGAUGAUUUCGUUAGACAAAUUGAAAUUUUUUGGUGCUUAGUAUAUAAGAGUAGGGCUUGUUCAAACGGCUAUAUCUUUGUGGCCUAUUGCUAUAUUGACACAAGUUAUAUGUCAUUUUAAAGCCAACAAACUAGGCUUCAAUAUUCACCACACCUACUCUCAACAAAGCGCUAUAACUUUCUUUCCAGACGAAUUAAUAGUCCGAAACGUGGACCAAACAUCGAUUGGAACCUACGAAUGUCGUGCCGAGAAUCCAGCUGGAAUUGCUACAGAUUACAGUGAAGUCAAGUUUGCCGAACGACCCAUUAUUCAUGUUACACAGAAUCGACAUAUGGUAUCACGAGGAGCUUCCAUCUUCCUGGACUGUAGAGUUAUUACUGGUACUCCAGCACCGACUAUUAAGUGGUACAAGGAGAAUCGACCGGUCUGGGGAAAUCAAAACAUUGUUUUGGAUGGUGGACGACUUACUAUUCAGGUUGGUUUUUUCAUUUUUUCAGAAAAGUUUGAGGGUUUUUGGGGUAUUUGGAUUUUCAAUAAAUUUUGUGACAUUUCGUCACAUUUUACCAAUAAAUCAUUUGGCAUUAGGUUUUUUUUGUAAAAUACGAAUGGAUAAUUGUCUCUAUGUAUAAUUUAAAAAAGUACCAAAUAUCAGCAUUUAAGUUUUUAUAUUUUUCGAUAAUUUUUGUGACAUUUUGACUUUUUGUAAAAUACGAUCAGUCAUACCCUAAAGUUGUUAUAAAGUCUAAAUUUUUAAGAAAAAAUGAUUUUCUAAUUAAAAUGAUCACAGCUAGCUUGAUGUCUAACAUAAUAUUUUAGCAUGCCAUGGACACAGUUGCUGGUGUAUUCACUUGUAAAGCUGAAAAUAUGGCUGGCGAGGACUCGAAGAGUGUUACAGUAACUAUUGGACGUAAGUUGUUGGUCAUAAAAUGUGAAAUUAUUGACGAAAUGAGCAAAAGUUGCCAUGGGUAAUAUAAUUUUUGGCAGUUUUUUGAAAUGGAUUUUUUUGAGGUUUUUAGGUAAUAAAAUGGGAUUUUUUGAUAUUUUUAGGUAAUAAAAUGAAUUUUUUUUGGGUAUUUUAGGUAAUAAAAUGAAGUUUUUUGAAGUUUUUUUGUAAAAAAAUGAAAUUUUUUUGGUAUUUUAGGUAGUAAAAUGGGAUUUUUUGAUGAUUUAGGUAAUAAAAUGAGGUCUUUUGGUAUUUUUAAGUAAAAAAUUAACUUUUUAUUUGUAAAAUACGUUGCCCUGUGUUUCCAUAAGAUAAAUUUAGACUCCCCAACAAUAGUACCAUCACCAGAACAGCUAUCAGUCAAUAUUGAGCAGUCGAUCACAUUACAAUGCCGAGUCGUUGGUACUCCAAAGCCAAUGAUAGUAUGGCUAAAGGAUCAAAAGCCGAUUGAUGUGGCCAGCUCUAGGUUUACUGUACUGCCAGAUGAUAGUCUGAUCAUUCAUAAUAUUCAGGUAGGCAGGAACUUUCUUUACAAAACAAAACAUGGCAAGAACUUUCUUUACAAAACGAAAAAUGGCAAGAACUUUCUUUACAAAACAAAAAAUGGCAAGAACUUUCUUUACAAAACGAAAAAUGGCAAGAACUUACUUUACAAAAAAAAUGGCAAGAAUUUUCUUUACAAAGGUUAAAAUGGCAAGAACUUUCUUUCCAAAACAAAAAUGGCAAGAAAUUUCUUUACAACCCAAUAAAUGACAAAAAUUUUUGACUUUCCAGGUAGAAGACCAAGGAUAUUACACAUGUAAAGCGGAGAACGAGUUCGGCCAACAACAACGCAACACUCUAGUCACAGUAACCGGUCUGGUCUCGCCAAUCCUAGCCCAAGCACCAAAAGAUGCUCAUCUAAUUGAAGGCCAGGACCUCAGGCUCAGCUGUAUCGUACUGAUGGGUACCCCGAAACCGAAGGUCCGAUGGCUGAAGGACGGCCGACCGGUCGAGGAAAGCGAAAAUGAACUAUUCGAGCCGGAUGGAAGUCUGAUCCUGAAGGGCGGAACCGAAGAUCAACAAGGCAGCUACAUGUGUGUGGCCAUCAGUCCGGCUGGUAAUGCUACACUGAGUAUUGAUGUGCAGUUGAUCAGUAAGUUUAUUUGACAUUGUAUAAAGGGUGGGGGGGGCGGGACAGGGGGUUGAUUCUUUAAGUAUUUUGUUAGGGGUAAGGGUAGUAUUUGAAUUUUUUUUGCUUAGGGUGGGGUAGUUUUUAAUUCUUUUUGUUACGGGAGGGGGUAGAUUUUAAUUUUUUUUUGAUUGGGUAGGGGGUAGGUUAAAUUUUUUUUGAUACAGGAGGGAUAGAUUUAAUUUUUGUUUGACAGUGGUGGGGUAGAUUUUAAUUUGUAUUGAUAGGGGGAGAGGGUAGAUUUAAUUUUUUUUGGCAGGUAAGAGUAGAUUUUUAAUUUUUUUGGACAGGGGUGGGGUAAAUUAAACAUUUUUUUGAUAGUGGCGUGGGUAGAUUUUAAUUUUAGAAUAGGGUAGGGUAGAUAUUAAAAUUUUUUUUGGUAAUGGUACGGGCAGAUUUAAAAAUGUUUUCCACUGGUAUGACAAGGUAGGAUAAGACUAGAAUAGGGAUAGAUAUUGUAAUAAAACGUUGGUUAGAGUCAUUUAGGAUAGCUGAAUAGUCCGAUAGGUUGGGUAUGAUUUGAGUAUGUUAGUGUAAGGUAAGGUAAAAAGAGAGCCUCUAGGCUUUACGGUAGGAUAGGGUAGGGUAGGGUAGGGUAGGGUACUGUAGGGUACGGUACGGUAGGGUAGGGUAUGGUACUGUAGGGUACGGUAGGGUAGUGUAGGUAAAAAAACGUAGAAUCUUUUGGAUUUUUUUGACUAUUAUUGUAAUAGAAUUACCUUAACAACCUCGCUACGUCGUAUUUUACACUUUUGAAAUUAAAAGUAAAAUGACACCUUUUAAUACCGGAUAAGGAUUAAUAUUGUAAACAAUCUGCUGUUUUUGUGCUACUCCUCGCUUUAGUUUAUAUGUAAAGAUUUUGUGUUAUUUCACCUUUACCUUGAGUUACGAUACUUUACCCUUUAUGUUACCUUAUCCUACUGUAGUUUCGUUCACACUUUUCCUGUUUGUUUAGUGAGACCAGUGGUGGAUGAUGAAAAUGCUCCAAGCGAAGUGAAGGUUAGAUCGGGAGAUCAACUUGAUUUGAAAUGCCCCAUCUCUAGUACUGGUGGUACUCGAAUAGUAUGGGAGGAGAAUGAUGAAAUCAUCUUUGGCAACAACAAUUUGUACACUAUUAUGGUGGGUUUCUGGAAUUUUAUCUGUGUUUUAGACAAAUUUUUUAUAAAAAAUGGGCUGAUUUGUUAAUUUUUUAAAAAAACGGACAUGUUAUACGAUGAAAAGUCUACUAGCUGCUGGACAUGUUUCAUCGUAUAAAAUGUCGCCCUUUAAAAUAAAUAUGUAAAAAAGUAAAUUUAUAGGCCACUAUGAACAUGUAGGAGUGAUACUUUUUAAUUUUGAGUUCUAGUGACAUGUUAUACGAUGAAGUGUUUCAGCCACUGGACAUGUUUAAUCGUAUAAAAUGUCGUUGUUUAAAACAAAUAUUUUAAAAUGUAAAUUUAUAGGUCACUAGGAACAUGUAGAGGCCGUUUUUACCAAAUUUUUGAUUUUAUUGACAUGUUAUACGAUGAAAGGUUUUUCAGUUGUCAGACAUGUUUCAUCGUAUAACAUGUCAAUAAAAAUCGAAAUUUAGAAAAAACUCACUGCUACAUGUUACAAGUAGUUUAUAAUGGAGUAAUUUUUAUGAUUUUGAUUGUUAGUGACAUGUUAUACGAUGAAAAGUUUUGUAGCUGCUGGACAUGUUUCAUCGUAUAACAUGUCACUUAAUUUAACAAAUAGUAGAGUAAGAUCUGUAGGGUUAACUAAAAGUUUUUUUAUAACUUUUGUGUUAUCGAAACUUCAAUUGGUCGUAUUUUACCUUAUUUUAGCCCGACAACACCCUUCGAAUCCACAAAACAGCUCAAGUUCAUGCCGGUACUUACUCCUGCAAAGCCAAGAACGAAGCCGGCGAAGUGGUGUACAAUGUCAAUGUGGAAAUACAAACAGCUCCACUUAUCAAGAGUGAUCGUAGUUCCUACGAUCUUGUACUGGGUGAUACGGUAACAUUAGAUUGUGAAGUCGAAAGUGAACCACCGGCUGACCGGACUUGGUAGGGUAGAUUUGAAAAUUUUUAAAAUUUUUUUGGAGUUAAAAAUAUUUAACUUACAAUUGUUAAGUAUUUUUAUUAACCGGUGUUCUAAAUUAACGUAUUUCACAAAAAGAACGAAAUGUCACAAAAAUUAUUGGAAAAAUGUAACGAAGUGUCACAUAAGUUAUUGGAUAUGUGUUAAACAAGUAUUGCACAAGUUUCAAAGUUAGCUUGGUACAGGUAAUUUUACAUUUUAAAGCAUUUUUAAGAAUUGUUAACUUUGUGACAUUUUAUUUAAAUUUUCCAAUAAUCUUUGUGACAUUUCGUUUGUUUGGUAAAAUACGUGGGGCAAUAAAAACCGCUAUGAAAGGGUAAAAAAAACAUAGUUUUUUUCAAUUAAUAACCUUGUGACACUUUUUCACAUUUCCUAAUAAUUUUUUGUGACAUUUUGUUUCAUUUUGGUAAACUACGUAAAUAUGCUCUUCUGGUAAUAAAAAAGGUUUAUAAAGGUUAAAAAACGUUAAAAAAUUAAUUUUGCUUAAGCAAUAACUUUGUGACACUUCGUCAAAUUUUCCAAUAAUUUUUGUGACAUUUCGUUUUGUUAGUAAAAUACGAUUGACAUUUAUAGGUACUUUAACGACGUCGAAAUCCCCUAUCCAAAGGUCAACGAGUAUGGUGCACUAAUACUGGAAUCGGUGGACGAAAAUAAUCGUGGUACUUACAAGUGCGUAGCCCAAAAUGACAUUGGCCAAGACGAGCGAAGUGUCCUUAUUACAGUAUACAUUGCUCCACAAAUCGACAAGUCCAAGUUGAUCAAGGCCAAGCACAGUAUUGUGAAUGAUACUGUAACUUUGGAAUGUCCAGCACGAGCUUUCCCUCCGCCGACGCGGGAGUGGACUUACGAAGGUACCAGACUUGACAAGGGUACCAUUGGUACAAUAUUGGACAAAAGUAAUGUGUAUGGUGCUGGGAAUAGUAUGUAUAAUACUGGCUUGGAUAGGAGUGGUAUGGACAGUACUAUGAAGAUAGCCAAUGAUGGUAGUCUAGUACUCUUUCGAGUACAGCUUAGUCAUGCUGGCAACUACGAGUGCCAAGUCUCGAAUCUAGCUGGUAACGACGCCAUUACCUACUCAUUGGAAGUCCAAUCCCCAGCCAAGAUAUUAACCACAUUGCCAGAGAAGACCAAGGUCAUUGCCGGACUACCGUAUACUUUGAACUGUAAGGUCAGCGGAGCACCAGAGCCUACAUUAACAUGGGAAAAGGAUGGUGAAGUAAUAUCAGGAGACUCACCCUCUUACUUUGUAAGCCAUUCUGGAGCAUUGAGAAUCAAGAAUCCAAGUGCGGCGGAUGCUGGAAGGUACAAGUGUACGGCAAGGAACAUUGCCAGGGAGGAUAGUAUCGAAACUACUGUGGAUGUGAAGUGUGAGUUGGAGUUUUAUUUUUGAUUUUUAUGGUGGUAUGGGUAUUGGGUGACAUGUGGGGAUGAAAACUUAAAAUUUUUUUCUAAAAAGGGACAUUUUAUACGAUAAAAGGUGUCUGUGAAAAACAUGUUUUAUCGUAUAACAUGUCACUGAAUUUGAUAAAUAGUUGUAUUUUAAGAUUUAUAGGGUUACCUGAAACAUUUUUCAUAGUUUUUUACGAAAAAGAAAUUUAGGUGACAUUUUAUACGAUGAAUUGGGUUUUGGACAAAAACAUGUUUUAUCGUAUAAAAUGUCAACUUCAAUAAAAAUCAGUGGUAAAAUACUGUUCUGGUCAGGCUAUAGGUAGUCUAAACAAUUUGGAAUAAGUUGUUUUAAAUAUUUUUAAAAAGGGACAUGUUAUACGAUGAAAUGUCUCUUCAUAUAAAAACAUGUUUCAUCGUAUAACAUGUCGCCUUUGAUAAAAAUAUUUACUAAAUAUUAGAAAUUUUAAGAAAUAUUGUCUGUAAAAGAUAAUUUCCAGCCCCACCAACCAUCCGUCAAAACCAACGAACAAAAUACCAGCUACUGGAGGAUCAACCAGGCUUCAUCCACUGUUAUGUGGAUGCCAUUCCUCAGCCAAAGAUCGAAUGGUUCAUUGAUAACAAGCCUGUGGUUAGUGAUAAUGAUGUUGUCGUACUGUCUAGUAAGUUUACUUAAUCAGUAUUGCUUAGUAUUAUUAAAAAAGUAAUAUUUAGUACGUUUGGUACUAUUUAGUACGUUUUGUACUAUUUAGUACGUAUAGUACUAUUCAGCAUGAAAUAGGUUAUUAGUACUAUAUAGUAUCAAAAUUUGUUUUUACUAUUAUUUAGCAUCGAAUUUAGUACUGGUAUUAUUCAGUACUAAAAUUCAUCUUGUAGUACUAUCGGCAACAAAUUUAGUAUCAGUACUAUGCAGUAUCAAACUUUUUUGUAGUGCUAUUUAGCAACAAAUUAUGAAGUAGUACUACGUAGUAUCAACAUUUUGUAUUGUGCUAUUUAGUACUUUAACUUAUUUGCUAGUACUAUCCAGAACAAAACCCAAAUUUCAGAUGGUACUCUAUAUCUAACCAGCGUGACUAAAAAGAAUGCCGGUCUCUUUUCCUGUGUAGCCGUUAACGAAGCCGGCCGAACCGAUGCCCUGAUCACCGUGGACGUCCUGGAGAAGCCCACGAUAACAAAAGAUGCAGCAGCUGUAGAAGAACAAUUCGUUGUGAACGACCAGCCACUAGUACUACACUGUCCAGUCAACUCGAACCCACUACCGCAGAUCCAAUGGCUAGCUCAUGGAGCCGUGGUGAACCGUAGUAAUCAGAAUUAUCUGAUUUCGGACGAUGGAAGAAGGUUGAGUAUUCUACAUGCUGCUAUCAAGGACAGUGGAACAUUCGAAUGUAUCGCUUCGAACGCCGCUGGAGAGGUUAAGAAGAACUUUUCUGUGGAGGUCAUGAGUAAGUUUUGGCGAGGGUGGGGUAGGGUAUGGCAUAAUAGAGUUUUUAAGAGUAGAGGCAGGGGAGGGUAAGGUAGGUUACGGUAGAGUGCUUGCGCUGUACGGUAUGGUGGUUUAGGAAAUGGUAGGGUACGGUAAGAUAUGACAUAGUAGAGUAGGGUAAGGUAGGUUAGGCUAAAGUAUGGUACGGUAGAGCAGUGUCGUAUAUGAUAUGGUAAAGUAGGGGGUAUAUGGUAGGGUAUGGCAUAAUAGUUUUAACUGUUGGGUAGAGUAAGGGCAGGUUACAGCAGAGUACUGUAGGAUGUAAUAUUUUUGGGGGCCUAUUUACGGUAAGAGACGGUAGGUCAGGGGAUGGUAAUACAUGGCAUAGCAAGGGAUUGGUAGGGUUACUUGCGCUACUGUAUGAGCUGGAGUAGGGGUACAGCUACGGUGUAGGUGGGGGUAGGGUAAAUCUAUGAUAGGAAUUGUGAGGCAUACUGUACAGAUAAUGGUAGGCAGGUAAGGUAGGGUAGGGUAGGGUAGGGUAGGGUAGGGUAGGGUACGGUAGGGUAAGGUAAGGCAAGGCAGGUAGGGUAGGGUAGGGUAGGGUAGGGUAGGGUAAGGUAGGGUAGGGUAGGGUAGGGUAGAGCAGGGUAGGGUAGUAGGGUAGGGCAGGGUAGGGUAGGGUUGGAUAUGGCAAAAAAUUGAAAAUUUGAUGCAUUUCUUUCAGUACCACCAGUCUUCGACGAUACCGUACAGAAACACAAGUUGACGGCGAUUGAAGGUACCAAGGUUGAGAUUCAUUGUCCAGUAAGUGGUCAUCCCAAGCCGAACAUUACUUGGUUGGCUACACUUGGGUCCAAUUCAAAUGUAAAGCAGGACAGUAAUGUUGAGGACAAGGAUGUUGUAAGUGUUACUUCAAAAUGGCAUUUUUUGAAAAAUUGUUACCUAAACUUUUUUUUGAGUCUUUGUUUAAAAAUAACAUUUUCUAACUGAAAUCUGACUAAAAAUGACUUUUUUGACUUAAUAUUAUUUAAAAAUGGCAUUUUUGUUUAAUUUGUUACCUAAAAAUAUAAAAAAUCUUGUUUUCCAGCUGAUUAUUGACCCAGUAACCCUGGCCAACGCCGGACCAUACGUCUGUGUAGCUUCGAACAAAGCCGGUAGCAUUGACGUGUCAGUUGAAUUGAAUGUCCUAGCUCCGCCAAAGAUUAUCAAAACUGAAGCGCCGAGAGUUACAGUAGGAAAACCGUUCACAUUGACUUGUGAUGUUGAGGAUGAAGAUGGUACUACUGUCUUCAAAUGGCUUUUUGUAAGUUUUUAAGGGUUUUUGAAGUUUGGUUUGUACUAAAAAUGCUAAAAAUAGGUCAUUUUUGGUCGAAAGGACAAGUUAUACGAUGAAAGGUAUUUAAGCUUGGACAAGUUUUGUCGUAUAAAAUUGUAGUUUAGCAAGAAUUGUAUGUAAAAUACGUUAACGUGUGCUUGGAGCCAUUGUAUGUGUUUUACAUUAUCAAUUUGUGUAAAAGUGACAUCUUAUACGAUGAAACGUGUUUUAAGCUUGUACAUCUUUGGUCGUAUCACAUGUCGCAGAUUUUUAAAAUUUAAAGAAGGAUUUUAAAUAUGAUAAAGAUAAAGCUUUUAAAAUGACUUUUACAUUCAGAACGGUCGAGAAAGUUUGCCAGAGAACGCUCAAAUCCCAUUGAACGGCCGUAGAUUGAUCAUUCCGCGUGCCAACGAAGAUAACAAUGGCAUCUACACCUGUUUGGCCAUAAAUCAAGUCAAUCAAGAUCAACAUGACAUUGACAUUGAUGUGGUUGGUAAGUGAAUUUACUGUAUUUUACAGAAAGAGUAAUUUGAUUGCAAUUUGGAUUGUUUUUGAUCGUGUUUUUGAAAAUGUAACAUAAUGUCACAAAAAUUAUUGGAUUUUUAAAAUUUGAAAAAUUGGCUUGAAAUGGUUUUAAAAGCUUAUAGAUUUAACAGAAAUGGUUAGAAAUAGUGUUCAAUAAAAAAUAAAAGUCCAAUAACGAAAUGUCACAAAAUGUAUGUAAUUUUUAAUAAUUUGAAAAAUUCGCUAAAAAUGAUUUUAAAAGGUCAUAGAGUUAACAGGAAUGGUUAAAAAUUGUGUUUAGUAAAAAAUGAAAAUUCAAUAGCGAAAUGUAAAAAUUCAAAAAAUCAAUAACGAAAUGUCACUAAUCAAAAAAUAAAAAUAUUUUCAGUACCACCAACCUUGAUCGACAAAACUCAGUACGAUGACACAAUUACACUAAUCGAAGGCCAAAAACAGGUGAUCAGAUGUGACGUUCGAGGUAAUCCACCACCAAAGAUCCAAUGGUUCCGAGACGAUCAACUGCUACCAAACACUGAAAAUCGAACUUCGAUCGAAAUCGAACCGACUGAAGAGAUCACUGACAAGAAUCACUACUCUUGUGUCAUUAAAAACGACGCUGGUAUUGCUACAAAAGACUUCUUUGUUGAGGUAAGAGUGUCCUUAGCCUCCUUAGCUCAAAGCUUUAGCUUAGAAUCUUAGCCUAGAGCCUUAGCAUACAGCCUUAGCUCACAGCCCUAGCAAAGAGUCCUAGCCCUAGUCUAGAGCUCUACCUUAGAGCCUUAGCUCAGAGUCUUAAGCCUAGAGCCUUAAAUCAGAGCCCUAACCCAGAGCUCUAGCCCAGAUCCCUAGCUUAGAGCUCUAGCCCAGAGCCCUAGCUCAGAGCCUUUGCCCAGAUGCUUAGUCCAGAGCCUUAGUCCAUAGCCUUAGUUCUAGCCCUAGCUCUAGCUCAGAGCCCUAGUCUUACUCUACUCUACUCCUACUCCGAUCUUUACCCUUCCUCUACUUCUACCCCUACCCUUACCUUUACUACAAUAUGUCAUGCUUCACCCCUACAGUAUUCCUUUUCAUUUUUCUGUUCAAUUGCGUCCUUACUGUAUUUUAGCGUAGUCUUUCCUAGUAUACCUAUACUGUAGCAUUCUAAGGAGUGUUUAUACUUUACCCUGCUCAUGUCUUUUACAUCUAAUUACUCUUAUCAAUAUAAUUCUGUUUAGCCCAACUUCUGCCUUUACGUCUUAUAGCUUACCUUCCUCUAUUCUACUUUGUCCUUUCUUUAUCUUAACGUCAAUCAUCUUGGCCUAAUUCAACUUAUGGUACUUUUUAAUGUAAAAUACGAAAUAAGCAGGGACGUCCCUGGAAGUAAAUUAGUCUCUAAUAAUUAAAAAAUUAAUAAAAAUUUCAAAUUCCAGUCUAUCUUCACUCCACGAGUAGUCAUCCUAUCAGAUGAACAACGUUCCGUGGACGCGUUCGAAGGCAACACGGCCACUUUCGAGUGUCCAGUAUCUUCUCUACGCCUGGAAGACCUCGAAAUCGACUGGCUUCAGAAGGGAAGACCAAUCACGAUGGACUCGAAACGUUACGCUCUAUCCUUGGACCGUACUCGUCUAACACUCUUGGGUAUUCAUCUAGGCGAUGAAGGUGAAUAUACGUGUGUCAUAUCGAACAAGGCUGGCACAGUGUCAAGCAAGUUCGAACUGAAUGUGUUAGUACCACCGAAUAUUCUGGGUAACAACUACGAGGUCAUGGAGUUUGUGGAGAACAAACCACUUCAGCUCGAAUGUAUAUACAAUGGCUUCCCAAUGCCUAAAGUGACAUGGACCAAGGAUGGAGCUAAGGUGCCGGAGGAUGCGAAGGUAGGAAAAGAUUUUUGAAAUUUUGGAGUUUUAGAGCUAGAGAUAGGGAAGACCUGAGAAAGGGUAGAGUGGGCCUAGGGUAGGGUAAGAAGCCUAAAAAUACAACUAAAAAAUGAUAAAACAUACAGUAGGGUUGGGGUAUGACAUUUUGCAGUAUAGGGUAGGGGAUAGUAAGGAAUUGAAUGGUAAGGGCUUGAUAAGGUCGCUUUACUGUAUGAGUUGAAGUAGGGGAACGGCUGUGCUAUAGGUGGGGGGAGGGGAGUACAGUAUGUCUAUUAUAUGACUUCUAAUGAAUACAGUAGGUGUAAGGGUAGGGGUAGGGGUUUUUUUGGUAAAAUACGUCUGGUCUUAGCGUUCGUUUUCAUAAAAACUCAAAUUUGCUUAAAAAAGCUAUGUCUUCCAUUAGAUAUGACUAUUUAUAUUACUUUAGAUCAUGACAGAAAACCGCUUCCUUCACAUCGAAAAGCUCCUACCCUCUCACGCCGGCAUCUACGCUUGUCACGUCGAGAACGACGCAGGAAAAGUAACCAAAACUCACAACAUCACUAUCAUCAAAAGACCAACCCUAAUUCAAGGUCAACAUCAACUCCAAGAUCACAGUGUAGCACAGUCUCAGAGCACCGUUCUCGAAUGUGCCAUUCAAACACAGCACGGCGCUACUACUGACACAGAGUACAUAUGGCUCAAGGAUGGUGUGGUCCUAAAGAACGAUGGCAAUCAAAAGUACAGUUUUGCUGAAAAUGGCAGAAAACUUCAAUUGUCGGAUAUUAACAUUGAUGAUGAAGGUCUUUUCACUUGUUUGGUCAGAAACAAGGCCGGAGAAGAGAAGCAGGAGUUCCAGUUGGAUGUGAAAAGUAAGUAAAUUUGCUAUUUUAAGUAAUUUUAUUUUUUUUGUUGCUUAUUUGUGAUUUUGACUUAAUGCCACAAAAAUUAUUGAUUUUUGACGAAAUGUGAAAAAGAUUAUUGAUUUUUUAAAACGUUAUGGGAGCUUUUACGUACAGAAUUAGCGUGUUUUGGUUAUGUGAAGAUGUAUUUUACAUUUUUAAACACGUUGACGAAGUACCACAAAAAUUAUUGGUUUUUGACGAAAUGUCACAAAAAUUAUUGAUUGAGCAAAAAUGGCAAAAAAUUUCAUUUUUUACUCAGUUUUAUUACUAAAAAAGUUUCUUUACAUAAAAUGUUGUACUUUUAAAUUUUUUGACGAAAUGUCACAAAAUUAUUGAUUUUUUUACGAAAAACAAUUUAUCGAUUAUCUUAAAUUGGCCAAAACUUCAAUUUUCACAACUAUUCUUUCUAUUAUAAACAGUUGUCAUACCGUUUUUAGUUUUUGUCACACAUUUGUACGAAAUGUCAAAAGCUUUAUCAAUUUUUCAAAAAAUUAACAAAAAUUAAUUUUAGCCAAGCCAGAAAUACUUAGUCCGCCAAGAAAAUUCACAUCAGUGGAAAACACCAGCCUCACAAUUGUCUGCGAAGCCGAUGCGAACCCGAAGCCGUCAGUGUCAUGGUACAAGAACGACGUUAAGCUAUUGGAAAGCGACAAAGUUCAAAUCAAAGCCGAUGGAGAACAGUUAAAACUGACAAAACUAAACAUAGAUGAUGCUGGAUACUACAUUUGUAAGGCUGAAAAUGAACUUGGAGUUGCGGAUGUCAGUUUUGGAGUCACGGUAAUUCAAAAACCGGCCUUAUUGGACGUUAAAACUGACAAAAUUGAGACGCCCUUAGGGGACUCGGUUUCAUUGAACUGUCCAAUCAAGGAUCCCAGCUUCACUGGCAAUAUUAGUUGGUGAGUUUUGUUGAAUUUUGUAGUUUUGAGACAAGAAAAAUGAUUUUUGAAAAAAGACUUUUGUAAAGAAAGUUCUUGCGGUUUUUCAAAAAAUAAGUUUUGUAAAGAAAGUUAUUGCGGUUUUUAAAAAAUUGAGUUUUGUAAAGAAAGCUAUUGCGGUUUUUCAAAAAAUGAGUUUUGUAAAGAAAGUUCUUGCGGUUUUUCAAAAAAUAAGUUUUGUAAAGAAAGUUAUUGCGGUUUUUUGAAAUGAUCGUAUAAAAUGUUUUCCGCAGCCUACGGGGUUUUUGUAAAAAGGCUUUGUAAAGAAAGUUUUUUCUCGUUUUUAAUUAAAAAAAAAUAAAAAUUUUUUGGUUUUUUGGGUAUAAAUAUCAUUUUAGGUUGUACGAACUGAAGCCAAUUGACUCGACUUCUUCCAAAUUCACCGUUUUGCACAACGGCCGAAAACUGAUUGUUCAUGAGUAAGUUACACAAAACAUGUCUUUAAAAAAUAAAUGUUCAGUUGCGUCAUACGUAUUUUACAUUGGUUUUUUAGACAUUAAUUGUAAAAUUUACGAGAAACAAAAAUUUUUUUUUAAAUGAACGAAAUGUCACAAAGUUUAUUGAUUUUUAACGAAGUGUCACAUAAAGUAUUGAUUAUUUUGGAAGAAGGGUUAAUUUAAGAAAAUAAGUUUUAAACAUAUUUUUUGCCGUUUUGCUGUUUUUUUAUUAGUUAAUUGACGAAAUGUCACAAAAUUUAUUAGUUUUUAACGUCAAUGCUGAAAUUAUUAUCGAUACAUUAAGUCGAUAUUUUUCAAUUCAAUUUUAUUUUCAUGUUUUUGCUUGUAAAACUUUUAAAUUUUUAUAAUGUCGACGAAAUGUCACCUGUUUUAUUGAUUUUUUAACGAAGUGUCACAGAAAUCAUUGGUUUUUUAUAAAAGUUGAUUUACCAGUUUUAAAUGUAAUUAACCGGUUUUUAAUGACAUUUUUAAAUAAAAUAACGUUUUUUCUUUUUAUUUAUUAGUGCCUAUACCAUAUUAACAUGAACGUAUUUUACAUUUUCAGCGCUUCCCUCCAAGACCAAGGUACCUACACUUGUGUGGUGAAGAACUUGGCCGGAGAGAACCGAGCCGACUACACACUUGACAUAAUGGUACCACCUUCGAUUGAGAUGCUGGAACGAGACCGUCGACGUACUGUGGUCGAGAAUGGCACAUUGGUACUGGAAUGCGCGGCCAAUGGUAACCCGGAGCCAGUGAUCAGAUGGUACCGCGACGGUCAGAAGCUGGAGCACUCGAGUUUGGCACUAGUCAUACCUGGUGCUAAGUUCGCUGGUACUAGCUUGAGGUUGGAGAACAUUAAGGCGGAUAGUGGCAGUGGACGAUACACUUGUGAGGCAGAGAAUGCGGCUGGAAUUGUGGAUGAGGAUAUUAUGGUUGAGGUCAUGAGUAGGUUUAUUUGACUUCAUGGGCGAGAACUUUGUUUACAAAGCAAAAAAUGGCAAGAACUUUCUUUACACACCCCAUUUUUUAAAAAACCGCAAGAACUUUCUUUACAAAUCAUAUUUUUGCAAAACCCGCAAGAACUUUCUUUACAAAACUAAUUUUUUUUAAAAACUGCAAGAACUUUCUUUACAAAACUAAUUUUUUCAAAAACCGCAAGAACUUUCUUUACAAAUCAUAUUUUUGCAAAACCCGCAAGAACUUUCUUUACAAAACUAAUUUUUUUUAAAAAACUGCAAGAACUUUCUUUACAAAACUAAUUUUUUCAAAAACCGCAAGAACUUUCUUUACAAAACUCAUUUUUCGAAAAACCGCAGGAACUUUCUUUACAAAUCAUAUUUUUGCAAAAAACCGCAAGAACUUUCUUUACAAAUAUUAUUUUUUUAAAAAGCGCAAGAACUUUUUUUUACAAAACUCAUUUUUUUCAAAAACUGCAAGAACUUUCUUUACAAAACUAAUUUUUUCAAAAACCGCAAGGAUUUUUUUUACAAAACUCAUUUUUCGAAAAACCGCAGGAACUUUUUUUACAAAACGGGACAUAUAAAUGAAUAUUUUAGCCAAACCAACAAUUCAACGUCUGAACGCUCCAGCCGACUUGGACGGUGAACUAGGCGGCCGAGUCGAGAUCCAUUGUCCAGUACAAGGUACUCCAACACCAUACAUUCAAUGGCUACGUGAUGGAACCCCACUGAACGCGGCACCACACGCCAGUCAAGUCUACGUCUCGCACAAUCAACAACGCCUCAACUUUGUCAAUUUCCAACGUGAUCACGCCGCCACCUACACGUGUGUAGCCAAGAACGCCGCUGGCAACGACACCCGAGACUUUAGGCUACGAUUCCUGGAAGAGCCGAAGAUCGACGAGUCCAACAUACCAUCGGAACAUACGUUCACAGUGAAUGGAACGAUCACCCUAACGUGCCCGGCCAGUGGAAGACCAGAACCAACCAUUGCUUGGCUAAGGGAUGGUGUACCGUUGGGUGUGGCGGAUUCUGUAGCUUCGAAGGGGCAGGACGAUAGGAUUGUGCUUCUGAAUGGAGGCAGAGAGUUGAGGAUCGACAAGGUGAAUGUUAAGGAUGGAGGUCGCUUUACUUGUGUGGCUACGAAUGUGGCUGGCAUUGCUGAUAUGGACACGUUUGUCAAGAUUUUGGGUAAGGAAGGGCUUAUUAAGAAAGGGGAAAGGGGGGGGAUUAUGGGUGGAGGGGGGGGAGGUGCAUUAUGGAUGGAGGGGGGGGAUGGAUUGGGGGUAGUAUAAUAUUUUUGGGGCUUUGAAAACGGGGGGGGAGAAUAGAUUAGGGUAGUGUAAAAAUUUUUUUUGAAUUUUUUAGAAAAGGGGGUAGAUAGAAGGUAGUGCAUUAUUUUUUAAAUUUGUUUGAAAAAGGGGGUAGGUAGGGUAGGGUAGGGUAGGGUGGGGUAGGGUAGGAAAAGGUCGAAUAGAGUAAAGUAAAUUAUUUUUUUUUGUAAAAUACGACGUUUCUAAUACGCUCGAUUUAAAUUUCUAGACUUACCAAGACUAUUAUCAAAGGACCCAGCCAAGCCGAUGAAUGUAGCUUCCUUAUUGAACAAGCCAGCCGUACUAGAAUGUAAAGUCAAUAAUUGGGACGAUGGAAUGGAAAUCGAGUGGAGAAAAGAUGGCAGAACAAUUGGCGGUGCUAAAGGAGUGGUGGAAGAUAUUGAUGAGGAGUAUAUUCAGGUAGGCAUUUUUCAUCUUUCAAGUUUUAAAAAUUGAAAAAAAAAUUUUUUGAAUGCUUGAAGGCAAUUUUAGGACGUUUUAUCAUGUUUAAAACACUUUUUUUUCAUUUUGCCGGAUUUUUCAAAAUCCAAUAAUUUUGUGACAUUUCGUCUAGUUUUCAAAACUUUUUUUAAAGGGUAGUAAUAAUGAAAUUAAGACGUGUGGUCGUAAUCUAGUGUAUUUUACCAUUUGCAUGUAUUUUUAAAAAUCUAAUAAGCUUAUUGACAUUUCGUCACAAAUUAAAAAUUUUUAUAAAUAUUUUGUCAAAAAGUUAAAAAAAACGUUGAUUUUUGACUUAAUGGCAGUAAAGUUUACUAUUUUGAGCAUUUAUUAGCAUUUCUGGUAUUUUUAGAACUUUUUUAAAAAGCCAAUAAUUUUUGUGACAUUUCGUCAAGUUUAAAAACUUUUUUGGUGUUAUUGACUUUUAAUGAUUACGACAAGCUACUAUGCGUAUUUUACAUUGUCUAGCCUUCACUUUUGACUGUCUAAUCUAUGCUUUUGAAAAACCAAUAGGUUUUGUGACAUUUCGUUACAUUUUAAAUUACCUGUUUAUUGUUAUGAAAAAUUUUAAGAAAUUGUUCAAAAAUGGUAAAUUUAUUAUUAAAAUGACGUUUUUAUCUAUACUUUCAAAAAGAAUGUUUUUUUUUUGUUUCCAGAUAACCGAUCACGGUCGAAAACUUCAUAUUCUGUCGGCCCAGAAGUCGGACGCCGUUGAAUGGACAUGUAUCGUCAAGAAUCGAGCCGGCACAGCUCAACAAAACUUUAACAUGGAAAUCUUGAUCAAGCCAGUGAUUGAAGAAGGCAACAGCUCACCACCUUUGGUAUCGGUUCUACAAGAUGACCGAAUCGAAGUUCAUUGUGGUGUUAAUGCCAUUCCAAAAGCGACGAUCGUUUGGAAGAGGAAUGGCGAAGAAAUCACUGACUUUGUUGGUAAUGGACUUGAGUUGCAGGGUAAGAAAGGGUAGGGUUGGGCAUGGUAAAAUAGAUGUAGGGAUGUAAAAUACGGAAUUUCUACAUAUUUGGAACUUUAAUUGCGUAUCGGGAUAAUAAAUUGUAGUAUAGUUUUUGAAUUUUAGUAAAAAGUUGCCUGCAACUUCAGCAACUUUUUUUGAAAAUUUGGUUAAAUUAGAUACUUUAAGCCUUUUUAUAGCUAAAUACGUUACUUUUUUUAAAAAAAAAUUUUUAACUUGUUCAAAAAUGACGUUUUCAGACCAAAACCGCACCCUAAUCAUCUUCCACGCCAACCCCGCCCACGAAGGUCGCUACAGUUGUGACGCUGAAAACAUCGUGGGAAAAGCCUCACGAACCUUCAUGAUCCUCCUGAACGCACCACCAGUACUAGACAUACCGAACGAACGUGCCAAAGUCCAAAAAGGUCACGCUGUGGUACUGAACUGUCAACCUCAAGGUGGUAACGGCCCCUUCACAACCGAAUGGUAUCGAAACAAAGAACAACUGUUUGACAGCACUAUUACGGACGUGGUUAUUGAUAACACGAACUUGUUGAUCAACAAUGCUCAGAAGCAACAUUCAGGAGAGUAUUACUGUAUCGUGACGAACUCGGCCGGUCAGGACAGGAAGAACUUUGAGGUUACUGUACUUCGUAGGUUUUAAAAUUUUCAAAAUUUUUUUGGAAUUUGAAAAAGAUUUGGCCUUGUAAUGGUAUAGAAUGGCAUUUUUUUCAUUUUUAAUUUGUUUUUUGGGGGGGAGGUUAAGAUUUGACUAUAUAACUGACUUUAAUAACACUUUUACUUUACAGGGCAGGUCCACUGUUUCCUACCAUAAUUUUUUGUAGUCUAAAAGUAAAAUUCUAUAAAUUUGCAUGAAUACACAUUAUUUAUUUUGUCAUUGAUAUCAAAAUACAAAAUUUUAAGAUUUACGUUGUUUCAAAAGUUACAGUAGUGUUUUAUACCCUACUUUCACCAAAUUUUUGUAAAUUUUUUAAUUUUUUUUCGAAAAAAGGUAAAAUAACGUCAUUUUUUGAAAUUUGAAAACAUACAUUCUACAACACAUAUAAAGUUGUAAAAGUUGCUUAGUUGCGUUAGGUCAUGUUGUUUAUUAUCAAAGUUAUAGUCGGUUGAAAAUUUUUUUGAACUUUCCCAAAGGCCGAUUUUUCUUGAAAGAUCCCAGCUUUUUUUAAAUAUUUGGACAUUUUGAUAGAAAAGAUGCAAAUUUUGAUAAAUUAUGGUAAAAUACGUUUUGCGCAAUACCUGUCUGCAUCAAUGUCUUAUUUAAAUCAAACUUGCAAUUUUAAAAUUUUUUCCGAAAUUUUGAAUGUAUUUUUCUCAAAAAGUUGGGUUUGGUUAAAUUACUAUAACUGUUUGGUUUUAAGGUUUUUAAAAAUUUUGUUCUAAGCCAUUUUUAGGUAAGUAUAUGGUCUAAAAUCGCUAAAAUUUUCAAGGUUUGAGCUGCGCUUUUAAAGAAAUUGUGAUCAAAAAAGUGUGGCAGACUUUACUUUGGUAAAAAAUGGUAAAAUUUGGUGAUUUUGUGUAGAUAAAAGUUUUAAAAAUGUCUAUUUUGCCAUUUUUAGAACACCCCAAGUUCACUGAUCUCUCAGCAACAUCCCCAGCUUUGAUUGUGAACCAGUCGUUGAUAUUGGAGUGCAAAAUCGAAGGUCUUCCAACGCCAACGGUACUCUGGACUAAGGUCGGUUUAACUUUUUAA